CGAGUUCUCCGUCAGCCCCUCUGUUGGUUGCGCGUCGCGACGCGGCGUGGUUUCCUCUGCUUCCUUCGCCGCCUCGAUCCCUCGCUCUUCGCCCCGCGCCUCCCGCUUCGCUCGCCUGCCUGCCUGCCUGACUGCCUGACUGCCAGCCUGACUCGCUUGCUCGCUCGCUCUCCCUGUCAUCUUGGUGUUCGGCAUAGGCCAGUCGCGACGUGCGUCACCCAGGAACGGACGAGCGGAGGCCGCCGUGCACUCUUCGCUCAAGUUCGGUUCUGAGCUUCGUCACGAUACUUCACGACGACACUUCGGGGUCAUCAGACGGUUUUCUCCGUUAGACACUGGCACUCGGUGUCCAAUCGGCAUUCAGGGAGGAGGGGGAGGAGCAGGGGAAGAAAGUGGGGGAGGGAAACAACGACCGGCAACCACCACGCGCCCCCAAAGACACGGAGAACCAGGCCGACCCGCCGGUACUCAUGCCGCUGCUGUUGUUGCUGCUGCUUCGCUUUGCUUCGCGUCAAUCUGUAUUAACUACUCGAACGUCUGUGGAGUCUGGUGUCUGGGUGUCUGGUGCCACAAGACGGCCGCCAUUUCACUUUAAGUCUCCUUGUUAUUGGCAGAUGCGCGACGAGAGCCAACGAGAGCGAUAUACUACAGUGCCGUAACUAGCUACGGUUGUGAACUGCCUUUCAUCCGUAUCACGCGUUCGCAGUUGCCCGGUUCGGUUGGUUCCAUCUACCACUGAUCGUCCGCUGGCUGUUGCUACUGACUCUGGACGCGUAGCUCAUUGUUGUUUUCUUCAUAUCGGUCACACGUGUUACGGACGACGGGAGUUUUUUCAUCGCUGAUUAUUAUCAUUGUUGUGAAGAGUGUUGAUGAUUGUACGUAUAGUUACUUUACCGUCAUCGGCAUUGACAUUGUCGUGAAUUUCGUGUCGUUUCGGCGGACCUCGUCACAGCCACCCUCUAUCGCAGUGUUUGUGUUCUCCCUGCCGGUAAACUCUCGAGUCGCGUUACUCAUCGGGUGGUUACACACCGUCAUCGUUACCGUCAUCGUGGAUGAUGGUCAACGUGGUCCAAAGGUUUGGUUCAACCUACAAGGAAACGUGACGAUACCAGUGACAAUAAUAAACGCCAUUAGAGUUUCAUGUAAUUAAACAAAGGCAAGGGCGAACUCAACCGAUAAGAUAAUAUCUCCGUGGUCGUUCGGUCUGUGCCAUCGAGAACUGAGUACAGAGUGAACUCCGUGUUACCGCGUACCAAACACGCUUCGAAGUGGAAUUGGAAUCGGAACUAUGAACGGCGCGGCCAUGGAGGCACGCGUCCUUGUUCUCGUUAAAAGUUACAGUGGAAGGUUGUGUCGCUGCAGGUAACUGUGAACGUGCCGAGCGUUGUUCAUCUUCGUCGACGUAAGCUACGAAAGUGAAGUGGCGUGAACGACGACGUUGAGCGUCGUUAAGGGGAUCAAAGAGACCGUGAGCUACACCGAGAGAGAGAGAGAGAGAGAGAGAGAGAGAGAGAGAGAGAGAGAGAGAGAGUGAGAGUGUCCGAUACCCGAAGACGUUGGUGCAAAGGAUAAAACUGUGUUGUUGCGUAAUAAAAGAAAAGAGGGAAAAAAAAGAAAAAGAGGAAUAAAGAUGCCGCAAUGCGCCGUUGCAACGUGUCGCAACAGCCACCGAAGGACCCGGGGUCGUCGUAUCCGUUACCAUCGAUUCCCCCAGCUACCGGAAGUCCGUUCCCGUUGGGUCCGCGCCUGCGGUCGGGUUCCGCUUUCGAACGGCAAUGCCCCGUUCAACAUACAGACGGCAAGGAUAUGCUCUCUCCACUUCACCAACGAGUCGUACGAGAAGGACGUCGAGCACAUGGUGCUCGGUCUUCCGGCACGAAGUCGGCUUCGAAGGGGUGCCGUGCCGACCGUAUGCGUACCGGUUUCAGUCCAGCCGGUAACAAAGAUGCUGGUCGAGGACGCAAAGCGGUCGCUUCUCAAGGUUCCUCCCCCCCAACCCAAGCAGAUUCGCAACGAUCGCAAAACCCCGACAAGUACCGAUGUCCCGGUCAAAGAAGGCAACGUGGGCGAAAACGUCGUCGUUGUUCAGGGUGGUAAAAAGAAAUCACUUGCAUCCGGUGCUCGGUUUAACAAAGCUGCUGUAACGUCGUCCGUUAACGCGAUCGCCGCUGACGGUGAACAGAAAAUGGCGGGAAUCGACGUCCUACUCGCCCUAGGACUUAAACCAGCCCCGCGUCUCAAUAAAAUGCACGCCAUGGAUACGUCUGGGAUCGGCAAAGGUGGCGCGGGAAGUGAGAAGGUGGCUAAGAAGGGUGAGAAAAUCGUUCAGGGUAAACGAGAGAAGACAACGCCGGUGAAUAGCAAAAGUUUGGUGAAGGACCAGCGAAAGAAUGCGGGCUUAGGGGUCGUUAACGCCGAAUCUACGGCGACGGCUCUACCGGUUUCGCAUCAGAGGAAUCAUCGCGAUCGUAAAAAUCAUCAGAAUCAUACGAAUCAUCGUAGAAACGGCGGCGAACCACCCGCGGAUCUAGCAAGGAACUACGGCGUGAAAAAAGAGCCGACAUCGGAACCGGAAACCGACCUGGAACAUGAGAGGGACGCCCUACCGGAGCUUAGAAAACGUAGCGGUUCCAAUAAUACAACGAAGAAUCUCAAGUCAGAAAGGUUGUCGAAAAAACGACGGUCCACCGAUGAGAUUAUGCAAAAUUCUAACGGUAGUUCGAAACGCGCCUGCCUUGAACAGAGGGAGGAACUCAUUUCGUCUAUCGUCGGUGGUGAUAAAAUUACAACCGAGGAACUCGCCGUCAGGGCCGAACAGCUGCGCGCUGAGUUACAGGCAUUAGACCAGCUGGCACGUGACAAGGAGAAGGAAUGGAACGAGAUUCUCAGCAUGAGAAAGUUGAAGGAAGAGGCCUAUCUGAGGAUCGAACGAAGGCGGCAGGUCGUCGGUUUUAUGGAAGGUAACAGUUGCCAGCUUAACGAGUCCUCGUCCGUACUACCGACUGGGAGUAUUUCGCUGGAACAGGAGUGGGACAACGCGAAAGAGAAAAGUAACUCGACUGAGGCGACCUUAAGCGACAAGAGUACAUCGAGGCCGCAGGUGACCUCUAAGCAAAAUGAAAACGGACAGAAGGAGUCCUCGGACGGCGGGCAAAAUUCGGAGAACAGGCAAAUCGGGGAAGGUCGACAGGGUCCCAUGGUCGACGUGCGAACAAUCAUCGCCGAUUACAGGCUUCGGCAUCCCGAAACUGUGCCUCGAAGAAGUAGGCGAAUGAGAAAUUCUGUUAAUGUCGGUUUGGGCGCCGGAGGUGCGGUCGUCGAAACGACCCAGAUUGGAGUCGAUUCUCGACCUUCGAGCACAGAUUCCUGCAAGAGCAGCUCCAAUCCAACUGACCCUAGCAAUUCUAUGAGCUUUAAAGACGUUCUUGUACAGUUUGCGAAGCUAAGCCAGCAGCAAGGGGAAGCGGUGAAAACGCCACAGAAUUAUCCAGACGUAACACUUCAUCCUGUAUUACCGACUCCGGCUCCGCCUCAAGCGGCUACGGUACAGCAAUCUGGGUCUUUGCUUCACGGUAUUUUGACUAAAACCCAAACUGUACGGCCAACGACGUUCUCGCCAACGUUGGCGAGGCUAUUGACCGCACCCGAAAGAGAGAGAUGCAACCCCGUAGCCACAUCCACACCCCAACAGCAGACCGCUACUACGCAGCAUUUACUACAGGCCUACCAGGGGACCAAUCCCGUUUCCAUCAGCGACCUUUUAUCUUCCUCCAAAGCACGGACGGAAAUAACAAUAACGCCUGUGGUUAACACCCCGAUUGUUCAGUCUCAUUCGAACAGCCUUAUUCACGUGGAAGACGUAGAGGAGGAAACGACGGUAAUCGAAGAACGAAGCCGAUCAACAAAUGCCAGGGACGAAAGUCCACCGCGUUGUCAAGGGUGCCAAGAUCGGGCCGCGCAAUUUGUCUGCGCGGGUUGCGGUAACCAGUGGUACUGCAGUCGAGAGUGUCAGGUAUCCGCGUGGGACGAGCAUUCCGAGGUCUGCUCUGGAUGCGAAAGUAAGAAUAAAAAAGAAAGAAAAAAACGAAAAAAGAAAAAGAUGAAUCGAAAAUGAAUCUAGUCACGAGGAGGACACCAAGAAGGGGAGGAAAAGGGACAGAGGAAUAUUACCUAUAUUUUUUACCCAUUUCAAAAUAAUUGAAAAAAAAAGAAGAAUGAAAGAAAAUAACAUGUAUAAGAAUAAUUCCUACUCGCAAAGGAUAAUUGACUGUCAGGUCGUUAUACCGUGAUUAUAAAAAUUGAAAGAACGUUUGUUAAAUUAUUACCGAUGGUCAUUGCAACACGUGUUCUUGCGAGCAAUUGAACGAUUUCGCUCUACAGUUUUGUACAAUUAUUCAUUAUUUUUUCUUCUUUUUUUAAAUUCAAAUAUGCAUUGUAGUGAAAACAAGACCCGAUACGUACGUUGUUGAUAAUGUAUUCGAUUAAAUUUAGAUAGGUGAAAAUUUCAAAUAACAUUGAAAAGAGAUAUAUUAUCCAAAACUAAUCGAUGAUGAUAAGUAUGCAAACGGGCACAAAACUCAAGGUCCUGCAACAGAGCGUCUCUACUAUGACGAAAUCUGUUAAUAACAGGUUUUAUGAGAAAUGAAAAAAAUUACAUCUGUUAAUACGUGUGUCAAAGAAAUGUAAGAAUAUGACGAAGCCUAUGUUGGCUGUGUGUUGACAAACGUUUUUAAAAAUUGAUUGGUAUAUAUAUUUCUUAUCGAGCGAUGUAUCCUCCUAACUUGUGCGCGGCGUAUCAGCUUGUAAACAGCUUAUGUAUUUACAGAAAAACGGAAGAAACAAAAUAAUAAGGCUCGACCGACGUGUAUAAUACCUACGUACGUGUAACGCGCAUAUAACUAUUUUAUACAAUAUUUGUUACCAUCGUGUACAUUAAAACUAAAAGAAAAACAAUAUUAGACUUAAACUAGAAGUGUAAGACGUUUUUUUCCCAUUUCGUUUCCUGUAAUUUAGUUUGUAAUAUGUAUGUAUUCCGUUUCAAUCUCAAUUUUUUGUUUUUGUUACUAUACUUAGUCCCAAGUUUAUUUUAUUUUUUCCCCCAAAAAUCCAAAAAAUAAUCUGUAGCUAAAGAGUUCCUACAGGUCAAAAUGUACGUUAUAUUUUAACCGUUUCAAGAUGAAAUGAAAUAAACAAUAUGAUUUCUAUUGUACUCACACGGCUAUUAUAAAAAAUACUUGUAUGUGAA